AUGCCUUCGCUCAGAUCCUCUGUCCUGGCUCUUGCCACUAUUGUCGCCUCUGUCGCCCGUGCCGACUACUACAUCGAUCCCGACUCGGUCGCUUUGAGCAUUCGUACCUCCUGGUGCCAGUCCGAGCUCAGCACCUGCCCCAUCAUCUGCCAGCAGUAUCCUCCGGGAACCACCUUGGUCAACACUUGCGAUCCUGAGCACCUGACUUAUGGCUGCCUCUGUGGCAACGGCCAGAAGCCCAACGUCACCGAGUACACCCUGACCCUGCCCUACUUCACCUGCACAGAAUGGGGCAACCAGUGCGUCAAGGCCUGCGGCCAGGACAACGAGUGUUCCCGCAACUGCCGUGAGGACCACCCUUGCGGUGCCCUGAGCCCUACCAAGCAAAACGAGACGGCCACGUCCUCCAGCGCCAGCGCCACAGCUUCCGCUACCCAAUCCAACCAAGUCUUCGAUGGGCUCAACGGUGCGACCCCAACUCCUGGCGGCGGCAACAGCGGUGCCGCCGGCCGCAUGCUCGAGAGCGGCAGCACCGUCAUGUUUGCUGUCCUCCUCGGCGGUGUUGCUCUUGGUGCCGGUCUCUUGUAA